AGGGGGAGAGCAGAGUGGGGAGGUGGGGAGUUGGAAGCUGGAGGUGGAGUAAGUGCCGAAUAUGAGCUGCUGUCCCCAGCUCCGGGAUGGGAACUGAUGAGGUCACGGGGUUUUCAGUUCCCAAACAAAAAAGUUAGGGGGGGGAAAAAAAGGAAGCCUUUAACUUGUUUUUCCAGUGAGACGGAAACACGGAGACGCUGCUGGAGCCAUGGAGCAGCUCGCAAAACUCCUCCUGUGGCAGAUGGUGCUUCAGCAAAGUUCUGUUCAUUUAUACUCAGUCCCAGCUGAUGCCUCCAACCCCCAGGACAGUGUUGUAGUGUCAGUGCUGAACAUCAGUGCUGCAGUGGGCUCUCAGGCUGUGCUGCCCUGCAAGAGCUACCGCAUGGUGUGGACCCAGGAUCGCCUCAACGACCGCCAGCGCGUGGUGCACUGGGAUGUGUACAGCAGCUACUAUGGGGACAACAAGAUGGAGAGGCUGUGUGACAUGUACUCUGCUGGAGCCCAGCGAGUCUACAGCUCCUACAACCAGGGGAGGAUAUUCAUGCCCCAGAAUGCAUUUACAGAUGGCAACUUCUCCUUGGUCAUCAAAGAUGUUGCAGAGAGUGAUGCAGGCACCUAUUCGUGUAACCUUCACCAUCACUACUGCCACUUAUAUGAAACUGUGAAAAUCCGCCUGGAUGUCUCCAAGAAAGCUGAAGAUGCAAACCAGUACUGGGAUGGGGAAAUGCCAGUGAUUGUUGCUCUGGAAGGCAGCACCGUGAUGCUGCCCUGUGUGAACGACAACCACAUCUGGACUGAACGGCACAGUGAGGAGGAGCAGCAAGUGGUGCACUGGGACAGGCAGCCCCCGGGGGUUCCCCACGACCGGGCCGACCGCCUCAUUGAUCUCUAUGCAUCUGGGGAGCGGCGCUCCUAUGGGCCUCUCUUCAUCCGUCAGAAGAUGAACAUCACUGACACAGCCUUUGCCCUGGGUGACUUUUCCCUGCGGAUCUCAGAGCUGGAAAGCGCAGAUGAAGGCACUUACUCCUGCCACCUGCACCAUCACUACUGUGGCCUGCAUGAGCGCAGGAUCUACCAAGUCUUCGUGACCGAGCCAGUGAGAGAGAAGAAGGUGGUGAACCUCACAACCCACAACGUUGCCCCAGCUGUAGAUCCAAACGUUGUCAGGGGCCACAAUGUGAUAAAUGUCAUCAUUCCCGAGAGCCGGCUGCACUUCUUCCAGCAGCUGGGCUACAUCCUGGCAACUCUGCUGCUCUUCAUCGUCAUCCUCAUCAUUGUGGUGCUCAUCACCCGCAAGCGCCGGCAGAGAGGUUAUGAAUACAAUGUGAAGAAAUAUGGAGAGAAGGAUGUCAAUCUGAAAGAGUUUACAGUCGACACAACAGAUCUGACUCAAUACAGAAGUGAAGACAUCAGGCUGGGUAUGCAUCAACCAGCAGCCAUUCUCCAACCCAGGUCAAAACUGGUUGUAACUGAGGCCCCAGAGGUGUACACAGAAGCUGAAGUAAAGAACAAAGGGAUUGCAAAGGAUUACAAAAACAACAUCCUGAAGGAGAAGGCUGAGCAAGCCAGAAGCUUCCCAGCAAAGCACAUUGAUUUAGACAAAGAUUUCAGGAAGGAAUACUGUAAAUGAAGACAUUCCCAAGCUGCUGGCUGGACCAGAAGCUUCAACCAAAGAUAGAUAAAUGGAAGAGAGAUGCCUUUUCUCAAUAUCAUGUCUUUCCAGUUACCAUAGAUCUUUUCACAUAGACUUCUCCCCACUAAGCACAAGGGUAUUUGCAAAUGCUUUUUGAAAGAGUUAGAUUGUCUUAUGUGCACUUACGAUGGGUUUGGGUUGCCUUUUAUUCUUCUGUUCUCCCAGUCCUCUAUUCCCCUUCUCCUUUCCUGAUAUUAUUGUUGGUUUUAUGCAUCAAUGAUUUUUAUGAGCUGAAUCAGCAGACUUUUGCUUUGAUGUUACUGCUUUAAAUAAACCAACCUGCAUCACUCA